GUGGAGUAGAAAUCUCAGUCUGAAGAGAAGUGGAAGACAGAUCUGUGUGUGAAAGAAGAGUUGGCGUUGAGGUGAACGUUUUAAGAGAUUUUGCCGAAUGCCUUCAGCAAAGUUAAAAAUCCACCUUUGACAUGGAGUUUACCAGGCGCUACCUUCCGAUGGAGUGGGAAGAACGAUGGAGGAAAGAAAAGGAGAGGAUUAAAAGAGUGAUUGAAGAAGGUGGAGAAGGGUUAGAACAGGACAACCGUGAGUUGAGGCGAAUUGUUGCUUACAACGAUUCCAGGAUGGGCCUAGCUAGUCAAGGAGAUAAAACUAAAGAGUCCGAGGUGAGAAAGACUCAAAGUAAUAAGGACGAUGCCGGUGGACAUACCAGUGAUGAGGCAGUUGAGGAUAUGGAACAUCAUGUCUACACAUUUUCAAGCAAUACCUUUCCUAAAGAGAUAUUUAUGACUCUUAAGGAACUGCAGAUUUCCUCUAUUCUUACAGACCUGACUCUGACUACUGAGGACGGCAGCAGCUUUAGUGUGCAUUCCCUAAUUCUGGCUGCUGUCAGUGCCUUCAUUCUAGAAAAACUUAAGGAAAAAAACACGGGACCGUCUUACAGUACUCAAGGGAAAGUCACAAUGUGGUCAGUACACAUGGGUAAUGAAGUUGACCAAACUGGGCUUCAGGCAGUUAUUGAGUUUGCUUACAGUGGAGAUCUAUCGAUUUUAAACAAAGACACUCUAACUCAGAUCAAAACUGCAGCUAAAAUACUGGAGGUCCCGCAACUGCUGGAUUUCUGCAACAACAUAAACGGGACAAAGGAAGAUCAAUGUCCUAAAACAGACCAGGAUAGAAUCUCUGCAGACGUACAUCUGAAGGAUACUCUACGAUCCAUUGAAAGGUUGUUGGAAGACAAAGUUGGAUGUGAUGUAAUUUUGGAACUGGAUGAGAUUUCUUUCCAUGUUCAUAGAAUUAUCCUGGCAGCAAGCAGCGACUACUUCCGUGGGAUGUUCACAUGUGGAAUGAAGGAAUCUCACCAGGCCUGCAUCGCUCUUCCCUUUGUACCGGCCUGUGAAUUGGAGGCACUAAUCGGUUGGUCCUACAGCGGGACUCUUCAUCUCAGCUGGGACUGUGUUUUUGAGAUAGCCUGCACUGCCCUGCAGCUUCAGUUUCAACCUGCUUUCUUGCUUUGCCUGAAAUUCAUGCGAGAAGAAAUGCAGGUAAACUGGUGUCUAGACGUGGAAUCAUUCGCUGAAGCAUAUGGCUUGUCAGAACUCCUCGAGGAAGCCAAUGACUUUACACUGAGGAACUUCAGGGAACUGUCAGCAACAGCAAAGUUUCAAGACCUUCCCGCAAAGAAGCUCCUGGACUUGCUCCGCUGCGAUGGUCUGUGCGUGCCUUCAGAGUUGACUGUAUUUCGUGCUGUAAUCUCCUGGAUUCAAGCGGAUCCUGAAGAGAGGUUGGCCCAGGCUGCUUUACUGAUGAGCGGAGUUCGUUUCCCACUCAUGACCUUUCGUGAGUUCAGGGAGGUCAGAGCAAUUAAUCUGCACAUGGAGUGCUUUGCAGACAAAGAAGUGGAACUCUAUGGAUCCGCUCUCAAAGAAUUUGGUUUCAGUCUCCCAAAGUCUGAUGAAUACUGCCGAAUCAGGCGACCUAAAGAUGCUCUUUGUGUGGUUGGGGGGGACCAACUGGAUCCAGAUGUGGGUAAACGUAUACCAAGCCAGGAUAUCUGGUUUGCCAACUCUUUGCGCAAUGGCACAGGAUUGGUGAAGGAGAUAGAGUGGAGGAGACUAGGUGAGAUUCCAGAAAAGCCAAAGUUCAGACAUGGCGUGGCAGUAAUGGACAGAAGGUUGUAUGUAGCUGGUGGAUGUUACUUUUAUGCCAAGGAUAACAUAAUGACAUCAGCCUACAGCUACGACCCCGUGACAAACACUUGGAAAAGGUUGGCCGACAUGCAGGAGCCAAGAAGUAACUUCUCAUUGGUGGUGCAUGAGGAGCGCCUUUAUGCCAUUGGUGGAGACAAAGAGAUUGACACCAACACAGACAGCGUUGAGAUGUAUAAACCAGAUAGCAACUCGUGGAGCUUCGUCCGCCCUCUGGACCAGGCUCUCAGUGGCUAUGGAGUCUCUGCCAUAAACGGAGGCAUCUUCAUCUCUGGAGGUUUUAACUGUAAAUAUGUGUGCCUGGCCUCCAUGUUCCUGUACCACCCGGAGAGAGGAAGCGUCUACCUGGCGGACAUGUCCCGUGACCGAGCCCAACACUGUAUGGAAGCAUUGCAAGGACGCCUUUACGUUGCCGGUGGGCUGUGUAACCUGAGGAAGUUCUACACCGAUCAGCUUGCCUGUGAGGUGUACGACCCAGUGACAGACUCUUGGGCUGAUUUUUCCUCGCUGCCAGUGCCCCAUGUUGGUUCUGCCUCGGCUGUCCUGGAGGAGAAGCUUUAUGUUCUGGGAGGAUACUGCCAGGACAAUUACAGCGAGUCGGGACUGGUCCAUCGGUUUGACCCCGGCCUCCAGCGGUGGGAGACCAUGGGCAAGCUACCAGGGGCUAUUACUGACAUUAAGGCAUGUCUUCUCCACUUGCCCCAGCAAUUCAGACACUAACCAGAUGGUCAUAAUCAUAAACCGUUACAGAAAAUCCAACCUGUCAAUUUGACUCGCAAAGGUAUAAAAUGACUUACAAAAGUAUUAUUUAAUAGGUAGACCAACACAAAGUAGUGCAUAACUGGGAAGUGGAAUUGUAUUCGUCUUCAACUUAGCCCAUCUUGUUCCACAUGUCUUCUUUCUACAGCCAAACCGCUGAAGUGACUGAAGUUUCCCCCAAAUCUUUCUUGGUGCUUCUCCAGUUCAUCAACUUCAUUCUUCAGGACGCUAAUAUCUAUUUUCUGGUUGCUUGUGGAUCUGGUCAACUCUGCAAGAAUAUAUGCGCAACAUAUUCAGUUUAAUAUGUGCAAACCUUAAGUAAUUUACCAGAAAAUAAAUAAAAUGCUGUUCAACUGUCAAAAUUACCUUCGCUUUUGAACUGAACCACCUGCAGUUGGUUUUCCAGGUCCGUCUCGGUGACGUUCAGUCAGGAUUCUAGAUCGACUCUGAGGGCCUGAGUUGUUGAGUUUAGGCGGGAAAUCUGAUUCUCGUGCGAGUUCAGCAGAGUUUUACUGCUGUUGAACGAAGCUUCAGUUUCCAUCUCUAAAGUUAUAAUUUUCACUUUGAUGUAAUAAAAAACAAAAAGAGUGCAAAAGUCAAUAUAAAAUAUUAAAUUGCCUUCAAUCCCAUUACUGGCACGUUAAACACUAUGUGAACAACAACGUGGCAACAAAAAAGAAAUAUUUUUACUAAUCUGGUUUAUGCCUUAUUUAAAAGAAACUUAUCGUCCACUUCGAUAAUCUUGAAUUUUGGUCAUUUGAUCGUGUCAUUGCAGAACUACCUUCAGUGGUUUCCUCAAUCAUCUGUAGUUUCUUUUCAAGGUCAGUCUUGGUGGCAACCAGUCGGUCUUCAAGGUUCACUUCAAGACCCCGAGUCGUUCGAUUCAGGAGGGUAAGUUCAUUUUUGUUCGCUUCCAGUAAAGGCUUUGGUGUCGUUGAUUGAAUCUUCGGUUUCCAUCUGUAGAUGGAAAAGCUUGGCUUUUAUGGCCAAAACAGGUCAACAA